AUGGACAGCGAAGAGCUGGUCACGGUCGGCCCCAACCCUGACCAAGAAGUGAACCGGGGACGCAGCGGGAAGUGCGGGGAGGUGGUCGAAAUGCCAAUUGACCAGUGGCGGGCGCAAGCGGCGGAGACGUACGGCACGGCGCUGAUCAGGGGGUUCCUCAAGAAUAAGAAGAGGAAGCUGCCAGAACCGACGGCGAUUGCGACGCGGUACAAGCUGGUCGGCCCCAAGCCCACGCCCCCAGAAGGAAUGGGGGAACUCGCACCCCCGCGAUCCAAACUCCUUGGGUCGAUGCUGCGGCGGGCGCCGACUGCAGCAGCGGUAGAACUAGCCGUGGAAGAGGCUGUGCCGGAGCCUGAACCGGAGCGGGAACCUGAGCCGGAAGCGGAGGGGGCAGAGCAAACCGAGGAGGAGAUCUCGGCAGGCGCUCUUCUCCAACUUCGGCGAGAGCAGGCCGCAAAAGACCCGUGGGCCGGGGAUGAGGAUGAGCUGGAGGACGACGGCUGGCUGGAAGAGGCGCUGGAGUUGGAGCGCUACCCCCUGAGAAACCGGCGAGGGAGGGCAGCAACCCAGAAGCCCGGCAAAGGAGAAGGAGAGCGCGGCGGCGGCGCAGGGCCCAGGAGACCCAAAUGCGGAACAUCAUGA